AAGGGGAAGGAAGAAAAAAAAGGUAUAUAGCUUUAUUAAGCACCAUCAACUUCAAUAGUGAACUGGCUUCCUUUUUCCUUUUACUUCUUUCCUCCUAUGAUUUCUGUUAUAUCUGCAUCCAAAUUAUUUUUCAUCAGUUUCCUAUUGUAGUUUAGUGCUUCCAAAAUCCUUUUUUCUUUACAAAAUUCUCUUUUUAAGUCCUUUUCCUUGCUUUGCUUACAUUAAAAAAAAAAAAAAGAUACUUUCUUUCCACUCAAAUACAAAAUUUAGUCUCCAUGGCGAUGGUCAAAGUAGAAGCCACCAAAAGUGGUACCAAUCUUUUUGAUGCCUCAUUUUCUUCUUACUUGAAUGGUACUGAAGAAACCAUUGAACUGAAUCUUGAGUCAAGUAGAAAUUUGAGCUAUAAGGCAGAUGAUGGAGAAAUAGACAUCUUUAGUGCAGAAAAAUAUUUCAAUGAAGGGGUUGAUCAAGAAAAUAAUGAGCCAAAAAACAAACACAAAAUUGUUGAUCAGCCAUCUGCUAAUAUAGUUUCUUUGCAGCAAAAGAUUAGGCCUUUAACUCCAAGUAUUCAUUCAGAAUCAAGUUGGAAUAGUAGAAGUGCAUUGUUGCAGAAAGUUUCAAGAAAUCAUCAUCAUCUUCAGCCGGCAACAACAACAAAGCCUAAUAACAAGUCUUAUGGAAAGAAAUUCCUUGCCAGAAUUAGCUGUAAUUGUUAUUGUAAAGACAAGAACUCUGUUGAGAUUGAUGGUCAACAUGGCAAAUCAAAAUCAAAGCAAAACCCCAUCAAGACUAGAAGUUCUGAGUCCAGUAUAAUAGGAGCUAAUCAUCAAGAUUUACACUUCAAAAAAAUUGAUGAAUUGGGACUUGGACUGAAAACAGAUGAGCGUUUCGCCGUUACUGUUUUUGAUUCUAAAGUUGAAAAUCCAGGAGUGAAGAUACAAUUACAAAUGGAAGAAGAAGAAGAAGAAGAAGAAUCAAGAAAGUCCCUAGAAGUGUUUGGCUUUCCAAUAACAGAGAAAGAAAGAAGCAAAUCCGGCAUUGAGAAAAAAAUAGGCAUGUUAACAUGGGAUGCAAUUGUUCCAAAAGCUGAAGAAAUUGAUAUCAUCAACAUAGGUGCAAGUUCAAAUGGAACAUAUGAAGAAGAUUAUGCAGAAAGUGAUGCAAGUUCAGACUUAUUUGAAAUUGAAAGUUUCCCAAGUAACAAUACAGCUAAUCCAAGUCUUGUUAGACAGGGCUCAGAUAGCAUGUCCUGUUAUGCUCCAAGUGAAGUUAGUAUUGAUUGGAGUGUUGUCACUGCUAGUGCAGCUGAUUUCUCUAUAAUGUCUGAUACAGAAGAUGUCAAAAUACCCUCAAUUAGAAACAAUCCAAGUAGACUUUCCCAAAAUGGAAGAGAAAAAGCUAAACGUCAUUCGAGCAUUCUAUUGGGAUGUAAUAGUCAUAAAGCUGUAGGAGUUGUGGGAGAUGCAUAUAAAACUAGUGAAAAAACAUCAACUGAGAUGCAUCAGAGGAAUUUCAAGACUUAUGAGCCUAUUAUGCCAAUGACAAGAUUUCAUGCUGAGAACAAAGCGAGUCGAUUUGAUGGAAGAAACAAGAAACAUGAAUUUACUACAAGAUCAUUUGCUAGCACAUAUACUAGACGUCCUGCAGAUUUCUUGUAUAUUUAGAUGUGGAAAAUUUUGUUGUUUUUAAAAACUUUUAUGUAACUUUAGCAGUUGAAGAAUAAAUUAAAACUAGUUAGGAGUAUUUUUGUUAGUUCUUGUUCUUGUUCUACUCUGUGUAAGUGUAAUCUGAGAUUCAUAGUUUUAGGUUGUGAAUUUGAACUGUCUAAAGUUAGAUACAUCUUGUUGAUUUUGUAUUUGUGUUUUUGGCUUAUUAAUAAAGCUAAUGUAAC